UGGCUCCCGUCGUCACUGACAGCUCCUUUUCAGGGCGUGUUGCUACAUCAGCCCUACCAGACAGGCCACGCGCUUGUCUUUUCAACGUUAGGCCGAAUAAGGUUUAAACUGUAGUAAAUAUGGAUUUCGAUGCCCUAUUCAAUGAAAGGACAUUUGAGUUUUCGGACUUCCAGGAGUUCACGUUUCUUCCUGGACACCAGAAGUUGUCCGAACGAGUGAGAAAGCGACUGUAUUAUGGCCUGGACAACGACGUUUCUUUAGAUGCCCUCUCUUGUCCUGUUGCAGAUAUUGCUGUCGAAUUUUUCCAGAAGUCUGCCCCCAGCCCAAUACGAAAGCUCCACAAGAAGUAUGCUGCUCAUGUUGCCAGGGAAGCUUGCAUCUCUCCAUGUGCCAUGAUGCUGGCUUUAGUUUACAUAGAAAGGCUCCGACACAGAAACCCUGAAUACCUACAAAAGAUCUCCUCUUCUGACCUUUUCCUGAUCUCCAUGAUGGUUGCUAGCAAGUAUUUGUAUGACGAAGGGGAGGAAGAAGAGGUUUUCAAUGAUGAGUGGGGAGCAGCUGGGAAGCUGGAUGUCCAAACUGUCAAUAACCUUGAGAUGAACUUCUUGAAUGCUAUUGAGUGGAGCCUCUUCACAGAUCCAAAUGACUUCUUCGAUAUGCUGAGUCUACUGGAAACCAGCAUUGCAGAGCAGCAGGGGAUGAAACGCGGCUGGUUCACCUACACCGACCUCUGUGUGCUGCUGGAGCAGUCAGCAUGGAGUCAAGCCCUCACAGCCAUCUACCAGCACUUUACAAAGGUUUCCUGUAUGCUCGGCUUAGUCUAUCUAACCAGUGUGGCUGGUCUUAUUGCCACCAGUGCGGUGCUGCACCAGCUCAGUCUCUGCAAGAGCAGCCAGUCCAUACUUGUGCCUCCAGUUGAGAUCAGCCCAGCCCACCUUCACACUUCCAGUCUAAACCCAGAAUCUUCUGCUGCAACCCAGCACCCCCUGUGUUGUGUUCUGGCCAACAAGAGUCUGAACUGUCAGCCCAGUACACCUGGAUUUGGUGAACACCAGAGACCAAGCCCCCCUUUGUCCUCAAAAAAAUCUAUAUUGUUUCUAUGGGGCUCCUUCCUUGCCUCAGUGGGUCACAUACACCUUGAAACCAAGUCUGAAAUGGAACUUUCCCAAACCUGGUCUAUUGCUGCCUCCUUCUGUCCCGGCUGUCUUGCAACCCUCCCUCCUCUUCAAUGCGGGCUUCGAAACACCUCAUCGCUCUUCCCUCACAGUCCUGUUGUUAACCAUCAGCGUCAUGUACCAUGGCUGGCCCCCAGCCUCCAAGGAGCUGUGGAACCAAGUCACACAACUCACCUAGGCAUGUUCCCCCCGGUACAGCGGGGACCAUGCCAUCCAGAGUCUAUGUUACCUGUUGACAAAGCCCAAGCUCUGCUCAUGUCUGGCUAGAGACCAUCUAACUGCACUGCUGGCAGCCUAGACUCUGGAAAUUAUACCAGCAUUACUUUCAUGACUCAUCAGCUGCUCUGAGUCAUGAUUUAUUUACCUCUCCAGAUCUGGAAUACAAAUGAAUAGAUAAGAGCACAUUAUAGAGAGGGUGAGUGUUUGAUGAUGGCACUGUCAGGGUGGAAAUUCACUUAUACUUGACCACUGCAGAAUUAAUUUGCCACAAGAAAAUGUUGAGUUAAUUCUCUGCAAUUUGGUUUUACUGCAGAGAUCACAAGAAAACUGGAGACCAUUUAAUGCUUUCUUGCCAGCAACUACAUAGUUUGGCCCCCCUCGCAUUUAUCAUUGUAUGAAAGUUCAAACCUGUUGAAUGGUGGUGUAGGGUCUUUGUGAUGAGUGGGUUUUGAGUUGUUAUAUCAAUGCUGUUAUGUUUUUCCAGCCUGCUACUUGGUAAGUGAUGAAAGUGCAUAUCUGGGUUUCACAGUAAGUUUUUCAGAGAUGGGGGAUCUGUGAUGAGAAAGGACUAAACCAGUCUACUUUAUUCUGACAUCCAUUUUUGCUUGCUAUUACCAUAUUUCUCAUUUAUGCACGUGGAGGUUUACAUCAGACAUUGGUCUUAGUGAUUUUGUACACCAUAUAGCUUUUUUUCUGUUUGUGAAAGAAGUUGUUUCCCCUCUUUGCAGAUUCAGGCAAAAGGAAACUGUUCUGCAUCUCCAUACCUCAGUUUAACUGUCACUGGCCACAUUGUGGUCAUUCAUAUCCAGAAAUCUUCUCUGGUUUUCCUUAAAGCUCUUUCUUGUAAAAGUAAUGUUUGGUCAGAUUUAAGAGAUUAACCUAUAAGUUCCCCGUUCUCCAAGGGGAAGAAGGUGUGUAAAACAACUGAUGGAUCCCUGGAGUUCUAUGUAAUUUCUGGAUGGCAUUUUUGAAGUGAAUAUUUUAACAUAUUAAAGGCAAACACAUUUUUGCACUGCGUUCUGGAGUUUGCACACAAGUCUCUGUUGCAACAGGACAUUUAACUUCAUGAUCACUGCAUUAUCAAGUUUAUCUUCUAAACACCAGGAAAAAGAGUGUACAGUAAAGGUUUAAUUAUUUUUAUGUACAUAGUUACACAGUCCCCAGGGACAUUUACUUUAUAACUGAAUUGACUGCUCAUUUGAAUUUGAUACACUUUGAAGCAUAAAGUCCUUUAGUUUUGUAAAUGCUGUAAAAUGCAAAUAUUGUAAAAAUGUAGAAAAGUGACAAAUAAAUAAUGCAUUUCUUUGU